AUGGCAGUUUUCUCUAGAAACAAACGAAUCACUAACCUCUUCAACAACGACGCCAGAGCUCGACUCAUCAUCGUAGCUGAUCAAGACAAACUCAACUCUGGCGUCGUCGUAGAAGAAGGUAUUUCACUUUCUGCUCUAGUGCAUGGAUUCCUCGAAGAACACACUAAUGGCAACGAUGACUCGGUGGCUAACGAGUUCGACUCAGAUCGAGUCGACUCGUUCAACGAUUUCUUAGCUCUGAAGAGGCUAAACGAUGUGUUUUCAAACAAUGCACACAGUUACAAAACCACGCUUCUCAAACACGUUACAGAAGCUUCAGAAAACUUCGCAUUUUUUAAAGAGCGAAACGCUUCGAUUUUUCGGCGAAAAGUGGCGGAGUUUUUAAGAGAGGAAGGCCACGACGCGGCGGUUUGCGUCACUAAAUGGGAGCCUUACGACGGUGCUGUAACUGCCGGUAGUCAUGAGUUCAUCGAUGUGGUGCAAACACGAUCUGCCACUGCCACGUGGCGGUACUUCGUGGAUUUAGAUUUUCGCGCUCAAUUCGAAAUUGUGAAACCGACACGGCGGUACUCGGAGGUGUUGAAUUUAGUUCCUGGAGUGUUCGUCGGUGGUGAGAUUGAGCUGAAACGCACCGUUUCGAUAGUGUGUGAUGCGGUAAAGAGGUGUUUCAAGAGUAAAGAGGCUUCGAUUCCGCCGUGGAGGAAGAACCGGUUCAUGCAGAAUAAGUGGUUUGGACCGAGUAAACGAACCGUUAAUCCGGUUCAGGGAAAACCGGUGAGGGUGAACGGUGUUAGUUGUAGGUUGUUGGGUUUUGAUGAUGUGGUUAUGGAGAUUAGAAGGGGUGGAGGGGUUACUGUUCGUGCUAGAUGA